CAGUUGAGCCAGUAAAUUCGCGGUAUUCAGAUUGCGCGGAUCGUCCAAUAUUGGACAACAACAGACAAAUAAAAAAAAUAAAACAAUUGAAAUUUCAUUUGUUUUUGAGAAACAAAACCCAAAAAAAGGAAACAUUUAGCGCAGAGACUAAAAGUGCCUAGUGUGCGUAUGCAAAACAGAUAAAAAAAAUUAGCAAUAUUCAGUGUAUGUGUAUGAGUGAGUGUGCAAACUGCAAAGAAUAGUGAAGCAUCUUUAAAGUGUGACUCCAACGCAUUUCAACGAGAGACGUACACAGAUUCAUACAUCGAAAUGAAAAUCUUGCUUCUUAUUUCGGCUGUUUUAGCGGCCGCACAAGCUGAUGUAUCGCAUUUGGCCGGUAAUUCACUGGAAACAGACUAUGGGUAUAUUUACCAGAAACCAAAUAACCCGCUAGUCUAUCCCGAGGAGAAAUCACAACCAAUUGAGCCGCAAGGGUACGUUUAUCCGAAGCCCCAGAUCGCGUUCACUCUGCCACCCAGCACAUACCUGCCACCAACACAAUCAACACAAAAAUCACUCCCAAUCACAACAACUACACAACGGCCAAUUCCAAGCACAUAUUUGCCACCAACACCAGCUCCAACAUACAUUUCACCUAAGCCAACUGGCUAUUCCUAUCCUAGGCCCCAAGUGCCUUUCACAUACAGCACCCAGAAGUUACUUCCAAUUACAACCACGACCACAACCCAACGACCAGUUUGCAAAUCGCCAUUAGUUGGUGUAUAUCCAAACUGUCAAUUACCUCCAUGUCCGCCCGGCUAUAGAGGAACCUUCCCAUCAUGCUACAAACCAACCACUCCAAAACCAAUUCCAAGCACAUACCUACCACCAACAACACCAGCACCAACAUAUAUCUCACCACCUCGUACACAAAAACCCAAGGGUUAUUUCUAUCCGGUUCCAAAAAAACAUUUCACAUUACCUCCAAAAAAAUCAAUCCCAAGCACAUACUUGCCUCCAACCACACCUGCACCACCUAAGCCAACUGGCUAUUCCUAUCCUAGGCCUCAAGUGCCUUUCACAUACAGCACCCCGAAGUCACAUCCAAUCACAACUACAACUCGACAACCAAUUCCAAGCACAUACUUGCCGCCAACACCUGCACCAACAUAUAUCCCACCUAAGCCAACUGGCUAUUCCUAUCCUAGGCCCCAAGUGCCUUUCACAUACAGUACCCACAAGUCACUUCCGAUUACAACCACAACCACAACCCAACGACCAGUUUGCAAAUCGCCAUUAGUUGGUGUAUAUCCAAAUUGUCAAUUACCUCCAUGUCCGCCCGGCUACAGAGGAACUUACCCAUCAUGCUAUAAACCAACUGUUGCACCCACAUAUAUUCUACCACCUCGUACACAAAAGCCACAAGGAUAUUUCUAUCCGGUUCCUAAAAAGCAUAUCACAUUACCUCCACCGAAAUCAAUCUCAAGCACAUACUUGCCUCCAACCACACGUGCACCAACAUACAUUCCACCACCAAAGCCAACUGGCUAUUCCUAUCCUAGGCCCCAAGUACCUUUCACAUACAGCACCCAGAAGUCACUUCCAAUUACGACCACGACCAUAACCCAACGACCAGUUUGCAAAUCGCCAUUAGUUGGUGUAUAUCCAAACUGUCAAUUACCUCCAUGUCCGCCUGGCUACAGAGGAACUUACCCAUCAUGCUAUAAACCAACCACUCCAAAACCAAUUCCAACCACAUACUUGCCACCAACAACACCAGCACCAACAUACAUUCCACCACAAAAGCCAACUGGCUAUUCCUAUCCAAGGCCCCAAGUGCCUUUCACAUACAGCACCCAGAAAUCACUUCCAAUCACCACCACAACUCCACGACCAAUUCCAAGCACUUACUUGCCACCAGUUCCACGUACCUGCACAGCUCCA